AUGGCCCCGAAAAGGCCCACAGCAGAUGACCAGAAAAACACAUCCAUCUUCCUCGCUGGCACGACAAGCGCUACAGGCGAACCUGACUGGCGCGAGACGCUCACGCAGGCUUUGAGUGAGCAUGCAGUCACAAUCUUCAACCCAAAGCGCGACGACUGGGAUUCUACAUGGAAGGAGGACUUUUCGGAUAAACGCUGGGAGGAGCAGAUCUGGUGGGAGUUGGACAUGCAGGAGGCGGCCGACAUUGUCGUCCUUUUCUUCCACGGGGCAACUGCGGCGCCUAUCAGUCUGCUGGAACUUGGGCUGGCAGUCAAGUCGGGAAGGGCGAUUGUCUGUGUGAUGGAUGAUUACAGUAAGAGGGGGAACGUGGAGGCGCUCCUCGCCAUGGAUGACCAGUUUGGCGGCCGCACCGACGACGAUCUCUUCUACGAUGACUUCGAGCCCGUUGAGAGCGAACCCGUCGUCGCAGAACAAGCUCCCGCACCCAAGCCAGAGCCCACGCCCGUAGCGCCGAUCCAAGAACCCGUCGCAGUCCAAGAGCAGCCUCCAGCGCAGCCUCCAGCGCAGCCACCGGCAAGCUCAGCGCCCCCCGCAAAACCCGCCGGUCUCGCCUCAUCGCGAUACGCCGACAAGCCCGCCCCAGCUCCCAAGCCCGCACGACAGGCUCCCCCGCAGACCUCGAAUGCGCCGCCAAAUGCUCCUACUGCUCCGAGGGAGAAGGGACCGCAGAAUACAGCAGCCAAUGCCACCACACGACUCCAGUCGGGUGCUAACCCACGGCAAAAGCUGACGGAGGCGGAGUUGGCUGCCAAGAUGGAGAGGAUGAAGUUGGUGUCCGCGGAGAAGGCGCGCAAGUUUGAAAAGGCCGAGCAGGACGAGAAGGAUCACGCAGCGUCUUAUGCUCGUGGAAUGGAAGAGGCUAGGAAGCGACGGGCUGCGGAAGCUGAGCGACGACGACAAGGCGAGGAGGAUAGGCGCAAGAUGGAGGAUGAGCGUGCUAAGAACAGAGAAAGGAAGCUCAAGGCUAUGGGUAUGAAGGAGGGUGGUUGGGAUGAGGGCAAGGAGGCCCUGGAAGAGGAGGAAGCUAGGCGAGGGUUCAGGGGCGCAAACGGUGGAAUUCGAGGAUCUAGGAACGUUGGCCUGGGAGGGAGUCGCUACGCGUCGAGGGAUGGUGAAGAACACGAUGUGGACCGAUUCUUGGACGAUCGGCAUCGAGGAGGACGAGGCCGAGGACGUGGUCGCGGCGGUAGGGGAGGAAGAGGUGGACGAGGUGGGCAUGAAGAUGGGCAUGCGCCUAGGGCUCCCGCGCCUGUGAAGCAAUCUGUUCCAGCCGCCGAAGACUUCCCAGCUCUUCCAGGCGAGGGUAAGAAGACUUCUGCGCCUGCACCAGCGAGCAAUAAGCCUGCAUUCGCAGCAGCAGCGGCAGCACCACCACCACCAUUGGCACCAUUGAGCCCUGGAGGAAAGUGGGGUGAUGAGAUGGAGGAGUUUGACGAGCUCAACAACAAGUCAUGA